AAAAUGGCAACCAUCAACUGACAAGCAGACAUUGUAACUUUUUCAGCCUAAAUCCAAAAUUUGUUGUGAACUUUAAAAAACAUAAAACUACUAACUUAAAAAAUUAGCUCAAGGAAAAUAAAUUUAAUUUCAUCAUGUCUCAAAUUUCCACUGAAACUUUGGAUAUGGAUAAUUUAAUUUGCGAUUUAAAAGCAACAGUAACUGCUUUAGAAUGUCAACAGAAAAUGGAGCUAAAUAAAAAUCAAAUUCCGGUCGAGGUAAGAAAUUUGGAUUGUAACCAGAAAUGUAAAAGAAAAAGUGAAAGCAGAACUAUGAUACCUUCUGUUCCAAGUGGACAUAAAAAAAAUAAGGAAAAAAAUCGCACCAAGAAAAAGAGAAAAGAAAAAGAAGACGAAUGUGCCUUUGUAAGUCCCGAAAUGCGAGCAGGAGUUUUAUACACAAAAUGUGAAUGUGUUUUUAGAAAUGGUCUUCAGGACGAUUGUCCAUUAACCCUUUGCCAGGGUCAACCUGAUUGUUUAAUAAAACCCUGGCCAGAAUGUCCACCUGGAAAAUACUUUCGUACUCGGCAACAUUAUAUUUCAUCCCAAAUUUCAAAUGCCUUAAGUUUAUAAUCAUCUCUGAUAAUAAAUUUUUUAUUUUUAUAAAAAUAGCAAAUAUGCACUUGAUACAGAUCAGCUUCAGUAAUUAGCUUCAUGCAUAGAUUUCCUCAGUCAACUUAUAUAGAUUAGAGUAAAAAAGAAGUACUUAAGUAUUUUGACAAUAAAAAGAAAAUAAUUGUUAAAAAUUCGAACAUACGUUGUAUACAAAUUAA